GUCUGGAUGUAGAGACGAUGUCCUGGAGGGGGUGUGCAUGGGGUGGGGAACAGAGAGUGUCGAGGCCAGGAGCUCCCGACGGGGCGGGGGUCUUGGCUUGCCCAGCUGUGGGUUUCUGGGCCCCCCUACCCAAGGCUGGGCCCGCGGUGCCCCGACUCGCUGGCUCCCAAUUCCUCUCCCUCUCACCCACUGGCUCACAAAGAUUUCUCUUGCUGGAGGCUCCCAGCCCAGAGCAGCCCGGCCGGUAACAGUUCCGAGCUGCCCCGGUGACUGGGACUCCGCGGACCCCCUCGCGCGGUGUCCCGCCGGGGGAGGGCGGCGGCGCCGGCCCGCGGAGAGGCGCGUCCCCGGGGACCCCGGGCCGCGCGCCAGGCGGCCAGAGCCGCCCCCCUCCCGCCCCGCCUUCCUCGUGGGGCUCAUCUCUCCACCGGGGGGUGCUCGGGGCCGGCACCCAGCGCGCCUUCCGCGUGCGCCCCCGCCCAGGAGCGGUGCCCCGCGGUCUCCGAGGCUCGGAGUCCGCAGACGCUGUUGCGUGCGCCCGCCGAGUCCCGGCAUGCAGAGGGUCCCAGGCCGCGGCCCCGAAACUUCGGGGGCCGAUCCAGGCGUCCUCGGCCGGGCGACCCAGGUAAGGCCUCGGGCGCGGAAGCCGGACCCGCGGGCCAGUGGACUGCUGCGCUGUGCGCCCCGCAGCUCUGUCUGAGAGCCUCUCCUCAGUGAAUACGAGGGAGAUGUCAGGGAAUCCCCAAAACAGACCAGACGUCAGGAGCUGGAAUACACCUGCCCGCGCCCCUGAGGUGCAGCAGAGC